GUCUACCAAUGGGAAAAAAGAAGAAUCUUAGCAUUGCCGGAGGUAAUUAAGGAAACGGAGCGGGUUCUUGGCUUCCUUCGAAACUCCGCAGAGCGAUGGUAUCCACGUGGUUGGGACACUGUGUUCUCGGUUCUCCCAUAUCUCUCGGAGGUGAUUUGAACCGACUGCGAGGGCGAGUUAGGAAGCUGGAUUGCAGAAGCAUUCUGGGAGCGGCCAUUGAUCCCUGAAACCCUGGGAGCUGAUCGCGUGCGUGCGAGAGAAGAGGGGCAUACCUCCCUUCUCCCUCCCCCUCGGCGCCCUGAGGAGGAGAAAACACCUUCCCCUUUAGGAAACUUAGGUUGCCGGAGAAAGGUUCAUCGAAUGCAGUUGAUAAGACCACGAUUUUCUCGCCACUUGACCCUGGAACGAAUCCCCGAUGUGCCAAGCUUAAGAGAGGUGGGUCCUCUGAGCUGUUGGUCGUCCUUCCUUCUUGUAGAAGACAAUGUCAUCAGAGAGGUGAUGCCAUGACAUAUUUUAACUGCCUUUGAAUGCUACUGCAGAUAUGGAGAAGACUGAAGAACAUUUUGCAAAUUUGUCCAUUGCUAGACGUUCUGCAGUGACUAAAGAGCCUACUUACCUCCUUGACAUAGACACUUCAAAAAAUGUACAGAAAGAAAAUGGAUGCAUAGUUGCUGUUUCAUGUUCCAAUGGAUCAGUUAGACUAUAUAAUAAAGAGACAUUAAGUUUGCUAAGGGAGUUUAAUGAACAGUCUGGACUCCUUAAAGGAGUCAAAUUUGCAAAUUCUUAUUCCCAUGUAUUUUCAGCAUGCACAGAUGGCACUAUAAAGUGUUGGGAUAUGCGCUUAUCAGGUAAAACACCAGUACAGGUAUUCAAGGGUUAUCCUUCCAAUGUUUUCAUCAGUUUUGAUAUUAAUUGUAAUGAUCAUAUCAUUUGUGCUGGAACUGAAAAAGUGGGUGAUGAUACUUUGAUGGUAUUUUGGGAUGCAAGAAGUAGUUCUCAAAGUUCAUGCCCUGUUAAAGAUCCAUUAGGUGUUUAUUCAGAGACACACAGUGAUGAUAUAACCCAGGUAUGUUUUCAUCCUGACAAUCCUAACAUGCUAGUCUCGGGAUCAACUGAUGGACUUGUGAAUGUUUUUGAUAUAAGCAAUGACAAUGAAGAAGAUGCCCUGAUUGCAACUUGUAACUCUGGUUCGUCAGUAAGUUAUGUUGGUUGGUCUGGGAAGGAAUAUAAAGAAAUUUACUGUAUGACACAUGAUGAAGGAUUUUGUUGGUGGGAUCUUGCCAAUUUAGAUACUGAUCAACCAGUUACAUGUCUGAAUAUCCAGGAUGUCAGGGAAGUAAUUAAUGUGCAAAAUGGAAAUCUGGAUUAUUUGGUUGGUGGCUUAUACCAUGAAAAAACAGACCAACUAUUGAUUGUUGGAGGUACAAAUACAGGAACUAUUCACUUAAUAAACUGUGCCUCUUCAGGAUUGACAUAUAUGAAAAGCCUUGAGAGAGGGCAUUCUGCCACAGUUCGUUCCUUUUGUUGGAGUAUGCAGGAUGAUUCUUUACUAACUGGUGGAGAAGAUGCACAACUGUUACUUUGGAAACUUGGAGCCACUGAAAAGAUUCUUGCAAAGAAAGAUAACAUGAAAAUAGCUUCCUCUGUGCAGAAACGUAUUAGAGUUCACAGUAAUCAUUCUUACAAAAAGUAAGAAAAAGCAUAGUGGUUAAAACAGCUUAUGAUCUUGUUUGGUCUUCUGUUAAUUAAUAUACUAUAGCCUGUAUGCAGAAAUGGAUCUAUUUGUAAAUUAGCUUUUUCAAGUACAGAAAAAACUUGAUUUAUAUAGAACUUGAAAUGUCAUAAAAAUAAAAUAUUUCUGAAUUCAAAAGAA